CUGACGGCGCGGCCCGGAGCGACCCGGACCGCCGAGGCCCCUGGAGGCGAGGACCCGCCGGCAUGGCUUCGGAGAGUGGGAAGCUAUGGGGUGGCCGCUUUGUGGGCGCAGUGGACCCCAUCAUGGAGAAGUUCAACUCAUCCAUUGCCUACGACCGGCACCUGUGGGAGGUGGACGUGCAGGGCAGCAAGGCCUACAGCCGGGGCCUGGAGAAGGCAGGGCUCCUCACCAAGGCCGAGAUGGACCAGAUACUUCAUGGACUGGACAAGGUGGCUGAGGAGUGGGCUCAGGGCACCUUCAAACUAAACCCCAAUGAUGAAGAUAUUCACACAGCCAACGAGCGACGUCUGAAGGAGCUCAUCGGUGAAACUGCGGGGAAGCUGCACACGGGCCGAAGUCGGAAUGACCAGGUAGUCACAGACCUGAGGUUGUGGAUGCGGCAGAACUGCUCUAAACUCUCUGCCCUCCUCUGGGAGCUCAUCAGAACGAUGGUGGACCGGGCCGAGGCGGAACGCGACGUUCUCUUCCCGGGGUACACGCACCUGCAAAGGGCUCAGCCCAUCCGCUGGAGCCACUGGAUACUGAGCCAUGCCGUGGCGCUGACCAGAGACUCGGAGAGGCUGUUGGAGGUCCAGAAGCGGGUCAACGUCCUGCCCCUGGGGAGCGGGGCCAUUGCGGGCAACCCUCUGGGUGUGGACCGGGAGCUGCUCCGAGCAGAACUGAACUUUGGGGCCAUCACUCUCAACAGCAUGGACGCCACCAGUGAGCGAGACUUUGUGGCUGAGUUCUUGUUCUGGGCUUCGCUGUGCAUGACCCACCUCAGCAGGAUGGCCGAGGAUCUCAUCCUCUACGGCACCAAGGAAUUCAGCUUUGUGCAGCUCUCAGAUGCCUACAGCACCGGAAGCAGCCUGAUGCCCCAGAAGAAAAACCCAGACAGCCUGGAGCUAAUCCGGAGCAAGGCGGGGCGCGUGUUUGGGCGGUGUUCUGGGCUCCUGAUGACGCUCAAGGGGCUCCCAAGCACCUACAACAAGGACUUACAGGAGGACAAGGAAGCCGUCUUUGAAGUGUCGGACACCAUGAGCGCCGUCCUGCAGGUGGCCACGGGCGUCAUCUCCACGCUGCAGAUUCACCGGGACAACAUGGCACGGGCUCUUAGUCCUGACAUGCUGGCCACUGACCUCGCCUACUACCUGGUCCGCAAAGGGAUGCCGUUCCGCCAGGCGCACGAGGCCUCCGGGAAAGCCGUGUUCAUGGCCGAGACCAAGGGGGUCGCCCUCAACCAGCUGUCGCUCAAGGAUCUGCAGGCCAUCAGCCCCCUGUUCUCGGGCGACGUGAGCCGCGUGUGGGACUACGGCCACAGCGUGGAGCAGUACGCGGCCCUGGGGGGCACAGCGCGCUCCAGCGUCGACUGGCAGAUCGGCCAGGUGCGGGCGCUGCUGAGGGCCCAGCAGGCCUAGCCCCCUGCCGCACCCCCCCAAGCAGGCCUAGCCACCCCACCCCCCACCUCCAAGCCCUCCCGGCAGGCCUCGGGCCCCCCUCUGUGCCCCCCAAUAAAGCCGGCCUGAGGGGAGGCCGCUGCUUGUUCCCUGCCCUGCCUGACUCCCUCAGCCGCGGGCUCUCGGGGGUCUCUUGGGUGGACACUGGGGCCAUCAAGGCAGCGGGGAAAAUGGACGAGGAUGGCAAGAGGCACAGAUGGGGAAGGAGCAGCGGGGGCGGCCUUCAUUGGAGCCUCCACCCUGCGCGGCAGGCGGCCACAGUAACUUCCUGCCUCCCGAGCUCCCGGGAGGCACUGGCCUCCUUGGAGCCUUGAUGGUGCCUGAUGGGCUUGGGGAACUCAGCCAGUCCCUGUUCAUUAUCCUUCCUUCCAGUGUCCUCCUGGCUCCCCUGCUCGCCUUCUCCUGCUUGACCCACCCUUCUCUAACAGUCAGCGGCACCUGUCGUGGGGCCCCAGGGUGGGGGGGAUGGUACAUUUGGGGGUAGAGUCACUCGGCCAGCUGGCGUGCGAUGCCAGGCGCUGGGUGAGCUUCAUAUACGUGCCAGGCGUCUCCUUCACCCUGGAGGGUAAUGAAUGGUCCUGGCACAGAUCACGAGGUGCACAGACAGGCAGUGCAAGGGGUGGGGGGCUGCUCCCCCGUGGCGGUCAAGGACUUACCUUUACUCUGCAAGGGCCCGAGGCCAGGUCUGGCACACAGUAAAUGUUCAAUAGCAGUGAGUCCCAGGAGAGGCCAGCAGAGACCUCUUCUACAUGGCUGUCACCAAAAUCCUCAUAAGAAAUGUCUGACAUUUAUGUUUCAUUAACAACAGAGCUAAACCCAAGGAAGAAUGAAUAACCCCUCCCACGUGUUUCUUGGGAGCAAUGGAAACACUUUGUAAACUGAACAGUUAAAACCUCAGCAGUGCGGACACCACACCACAUUCCAAAAGGGGCCAAAGGCAUGACUCACAGAAUGUUGGCUCCCCAAGUGUGGUUCCUCUUUAACUUCCUCCUCCUCAUUUGGGAGUUUGUUAAAAAAUGCAAACUCUCAGGCCUGAGACCUACAAAAUCAGAUUCUAGGUGGGGGUGCAGCUAGGCCUUCAGGUGAUUCUGAUGCACAUUCAGGUUUGAGAAUCACUGAUCUCUAGAAUCUUGUUACCUAGAGUAACCACAGGUCACUACCUCUCCCAGGUCCCAGCUUGACCUGAUCUAGAAUCUGCAUUUUAACAAACUCCCCAGAUACUGGUUGUACACAUUAGAGUCAAAGUGCUGAUCUAAUUAGACCUGAGAAAGUUUAAUAUCUAGUCUCAGAAAUGAAGGAGGGACUAAUGUACAUCAAACAACAGACAGGAUUAAAAUAAUGACUUGAAUGCAUAUGUAAUGCAGACGACACAGGGAGCAGUUCCUGCCCUACACCUCCAUCAGGAGGACACACCACAACCUGAGUGAGAACUCUGUUCUCAGACAAUCCUAUCAAGUUUCUCCUUAACUGGAAUCAGCCCCGCAGGGCUUCCCACCCGUGAGCCCAGCCACAUGCCCUCUGACCUGACCAGAGGAAUGAGCCUCUCCCGGGUCAGGGAGAGCAAGAGUUUGUAUGGCUUUUCUCCAGACUGCCCAUACGUGAUUGAGUUACUCCCCUUGUCUGCCUCUUUCCAUUCUGCCAACAAUUUACACCAAAGUUCCGUAAGACUUCGGACUGGUUUCCCAUUGCUGCUGUAACAAAUUACCCCUCAUAGUGGAAUAAAACAGCAUAAACAUUAUCUAAUAA